AUGAUGAAUCGGGGCAUGAUGGCCCGCCCCGAGGCGCAGAGCGCUUACACAGAUGCGCUGCCGUCAGCGGCGACCGUGUUUUCGGAAAACACGCAGCAGCGUCGCGUGGAAACGCCCCCGACGAGAUACGUAGUAGUGCAUCGGCCCGCCACCACCCACGUUUUACCGCAUGCAUCAGAGGCGUCAACACGGAUGGAUGCGACCACUGUAGCUCCCGAAUCAGCAGCUCGGCAUUCGGUUGAGUUGACGUCACGCUGUUGCUCUGCUACCUCCUCCCAUGGCAAUGCAGAAGGGAUGUUUGAUGUGUGCAGCGCCAGUGUAGCCAGUAACAACACCAGUUUGAGUCGCCCUGCGAGUCGAGGACCGCGCGCCUCGCCUCGCCGAAGGAGGCCAAGCGGCUCCGAUAGUGCCGAAGCUGUCGCUGGGCGGAAACAGGCGGUCGGCCCCGUUGCCGCUCCAGUCGCCGCCACACGCAAGUCCCUUGUUGAAGCCAGCAAGGAGGCCCCGAGCACUGCGUCUGAACAGCCACCGCCGCCGCGAAUCAUGCCAUCGUCCUCGAUGAACUCGACAAGCGACGUCACCCAGCAGCGCGCAUCACCGUCCCGAAUGCGGGGCCUCUUUGACUUCGUCCUAAGCAGCAGCGGUAACAGCGGCGCCGGAGUCGAGCACACCUCACUCGACGCUUCCUGUGAGUGGGCAAAGACGUCUCCCGGGUGCGUGGAAGGAGUGCCCGCCCGGGUUGCAGACCUUCCUCCUCCCGAGCAGAAGCGCUCGCAUACUAUCACGUCACCGUUUUUACUGCUGAAGCCGAUGGGGGGUGUUUUCGAGCCUUCGCAUGGCGCCUUGUCCCGGGAUGAGAGCGUCGCGCCUGCGGACCCUUUUGCAGCCGCCGUUCAAGAGGCAGGGGGCCCGUUGGUGUUGCGGCAUACCAUCGACUACCUCCUCUCGAAGGCUCGCCGCCUGGAGAGGGAAAACCAGCACUUGUGGUGGCAGGCGCACAGCUGGGAUCCACAUAGGGCCGUUGAACCUCACGAGGCUCACCCUGUCGCUGUUCCUCCGGCCCACAGGCGUGUGCGCAAGUCCUUCUCGCCGGCAGAAGCGGUGACUCGUACCCCGUGCGACAUCCCUUCCCCAACAGCAGCCUUCACUCAGACCCAGCACCCACCCGAGUCACAGCCGCGCGUGUUUGUGAAGCGGCAGCCACGCCUUUCGCAAGCGACUGGUCGCUCCGCGUCCUGCACCUCAACGUCCUUCCUGUCUCGAGAAAGCCCCCGACGCAGCGGCAGUGGCACAGGUGCCGACGCAGCAGAAGAACACGUGAGGGCAAAUCCAGGCGCUCACCUGUGCACUGCAGCAGCAGACACACCAAUCCCACCGAGCACCGAGUCAACUGAAACAGCGGCGACAUCGGCCGUGUCGCGCACCGAAGUGGGAACUCAGUGCCGCCCAGCCGCGCGAGAUGCAGCGACAGACGCAAGAGAGCAUCGAUCGCCAGUGCACUUCGGGCUAGCCAGCAUGGCAGAGGCGUCCGGUGCCUCGACGGCAGCGCUACAACGUGGGCCCUCCUCGUCACAUGCAGACGCAAGCGCGCAGACAGAGCUCGUAAUACCGUCGCAGUCAGCACUUCUCCGGACGCCGGAAGCGCGCUGUCAAGCGCUGCAUCACAGGCUACAAGGAACGGCCAGUGCGGACGGCAGGGGCGUCGCUGCGGGCACCCCGAUAGCAUCGACCGUGCGCAGCCGUCACAGCAUGUGCAGUGAGCGUUCGCUGGACGUGAUGUCAACAGACGCCACGCCGCUGCUGUCAUUCCCGGUUCAGAAGCAGCAGGCUCGAAGCCUCAGCAGCUGUAGCAGUCAAGCGCACCUGAGAGGAACAAGUCAGGCAAGCGGAUCUUCCGUGCCACGUGGUCAUUAUCCGACCUGCAGUAAACAGGUCCAGACAGCGAGCAUGCAAUCGCCCUCUUUAGGCGAGGUCGAGGAUGCGGGAGGAGGGGGCGGUGGCGGUGAUGCCUUGAUGCUCUCGACAACGGAUGGCACUACGUCGACGCUGUCCCCGGAGAGGACCGCGGUGAUUGAACUGCACACGUCGGCCUCCUACGCACGGGACACCGUGCACCGUUUGCGAGAGUACUGCAACUCUCUGGAGGCGACCCGCCAGCAGCUGCGCCGGCGCCUAUCAAGUGUGCCUAACAGCCACAAUGUCUCGGCCGUAGCACUGUCACGCGCGCGAUCACCGUCAAGCCUUUCACACUUGCACGGCCAGGCUCCGCUGCCCCCGCUAGCUGCCGCGGCCCCCACCCUCAGCCGUCCCUUCUUCACUUCUGAGUACAUCGACCCGGAGGUCGACGCCACCCUGCAGGACGUUGACGAAACGACUGCCCUGGAGACUAUGAUCGUGUUGCAUGAGGAUGGCGCCGGCACCAUCACAAAGCGCAUGAUCGACGGUUCCCAGUCGUGCAUCUCGAGCCUCGCGGUGCACUCCUCUUCGCCUCAAUCGCAGCGCCCGGCAGCCACAACGGCAUCCUUGCUGGCCAUCCAUUCUCCAACCCCGGUCGCGGAGAAUGGCACAUCGUGGGCUCGCCAGUACUCGCCACUGGCUCUGCGUCGCAUGAAGCCUCAGCAGCUCCUUUCGCACUACCUGCGGGACACUCAUAAUGCCAUGGUCAUCGCGGACGAGCCGCGCGCGCACCGGCACAGCUCCUCUCUGUGUACCAACGCCAGCAGCUCCUGUUGUGUGCCGGUGGUGCGUUUGGGCAAACCCAUGCGAUCCGCCUCCGCCAGUUUAUGGAACGCCUCCGACGUCAACAUGCACUUCCCGCACGCCGUGCCGCUCGCCCCGUCUCUCUCCGAGUCGCCACCGAAGCAAGCUCCGUCCACCGGACGCUUUGUCGUGCCGCCCGCCACGCCGCUCGAUGAGAGUGAUGCAGAGCAGCUGCCACCACAGUCACUGCCACCGCGGCCGAACAAUCACAAGACUACGGCAGGUGCAUCGGUGUUCGUCUCCCUAGCAGGCUGCACUGCACCUGGGCAGUUUGCCGGGCUGCAGACUGGCGUCACCAGCAGCACAAUGGGAGCGAGCAGCAGAGUCAACUCUCAGCGUUUCGCAAUGAAGGGACUCCGCGAGUCCGUGUCGCCGAAGGAGCACGGCACGCGUAGCCGAAGCAAGAGCAGCCGCAGCAGUGCCGGCUCUGAGGCACUUGUAUCAGGAAAGCAGACUACUUCUUCGGCUUCGGCCGCCGCAGCCUCAGCACCUCUGUGGGAUCCCACGCGCCACUCAUUGCAAAGCCCAAGCCCGGUCAUGCUCUCGACUUCUACCGAAACAUCCGCAGCCUCUGCACUGGUGGUAAGCGACCGCCUCGGCACGCCCGUCACUACGUCGGGCUGCGAGGUGGGAGUGCCUGGCGCAUCGAAUGACAGCGUGCACAGGCCACGACCCAUAGGCACAUCCCUCAUCACCGCUGUAGCCAGCACAAGCUUUUCUCCUCUGAGUGCACCAGCGCCGGACAGCGAGGAGCCCCAGCCACCGGCUGAGACCGCAGUGCAGCCGCACAUCCGUAGCCCCCUGCGCCGCCUACACCUCGAAGCGCACGCUGUCCGCUGCGAUCACGCCAGCAGCGGCAACCGACGCGAUCUUUACACAGACAGCCUCCACGUCAGCGGGUCUGCCUCGCCGGCGCCGAGCACACCGCGAAACUCUGAGGAAAACAGCGGUGACCGAUGCAAGCGGAGCAACACUACGGCAUUCCUGGACGAGGAGAAACGAGAAGCAUCAGCAGUGUCGACUGCGGGGGCGUGUCGCGUGUCGGCGCAACUACCAGUGCUUGAGAGCGACGUGGUGUCACCGGAUGGGGCCGACAGCUUCCAUUCCAAAGAUGCUGCGGUGUCGCCCCGUCGCAGCUCCGAGAGGACCGUGAACUUCCUUUCGCCAGACCAGGUGGAGGGGUCGCUACUACCGCAGCCGCAACGCCCCACCUCCCAACGGCUUAUCUCACCCUCUCCUCCUCGAGGGGUAGCCGCGGAUAGCAAUGAGCAAAAUCCUCGUGAUGGCAAUACAGACCUGAAGGCGGUCUCUGCGGAAUCAAUACCGAAGGAUGCGGACAUCGACUCUACGUCGCCGCGACGCCACCUUGUGUUACCGCAGCACCGCUCACCGGUCGCCCCGCCUCGCGUUGUCAUCAUCUCAAAGGACGACGAGUCUCCUUCUCCCGCUCGCAGCAGUCUGUCACGCAGCCUGCACUCCCUUCCCUCAACCCUCUCAGAUGGGCAUUGCGAUGAUGCUUCUGACGAUGGAGAUGACGAAGACGGGUCACUCUGGUACUCGGAACAGUUUUGA